UCCUGGUGACGUGUCGGUUUGUUUACACCGCCGCAGACAUGGCUGUGGAUAUAACUCUGCUUUUCAAAGCCAGCGUCAAGACCGUCAAGACCAGGAACAAGGCGAUAGGAGUCGGCUUGGAUUCGGCGAGAGAUGAAAUAUUGAAGAGGAGCAGAGCCAAGAGCGGCUUCUCUCCGAAGGCGAAAGAAGUGAUCACCAACAUCACCAAGCUCAAAGACUUCUUACUGCAACACAGGAAGGAUUAUGUGAGUGCAGGAAGUCUCAUCUCGUCAGACCUCUCCCGCAUGACGGACAGUGAACGCGAUCAAAUCGACCAGGAUGCCCAGAUCUUCAUGAGAACAUGUUCCGAGGCUAUCAAGCAGCUACGUACUGAAGCUGAGAAGCAGGUGACAUCAGCCCAAACUAAAGAGCACAGGCGUGCUGUCUUGGACCUCGUUGACGUGUAUUUGAAAGGAGUUUGUAAGCUGUACUCGGAGCAGAGGGCCAUACGAGUCAAGAGAAUGGUGGACAAGAAGAGACUGUCCCGGCUGGGAUCUGAGCAGCACAGUCGCGUGGAGAAAAGAGUAGAUGAGGAGCCCGCCAAGGAAAAGAGUCUGAAGGAGGAGAGUGCUGACAAGAGUGCUGCAGAGGUGCUGGACCCGAGCAUCAACCUGUGGGAAGAGAGCAAAGUGGAGGACGAGCUUUCUCCUGAGGAGAUUCAAAUGUUUGAGCAGGAAAACCAGAGGCUGGUGAGUGAGAUGAACAGCCUGGUGGAUGAAGUCAGACAAAUCGAGGGGAAGGUGGUGGAAAUCUCUCGACUGCAGGAGAUCUUUUCCGAGAAAGUCCUCCACCAAGAGACGGAGAUAGACAACAUUCACCAUCUGGUGGUGGGAGCUACAGAGAACGUGAAGGAAGGCAAUGAGGAUAUACGAGAGGCCAUCAAGAACAACGCUGGCUUCCGUGUGUGGAUCCUUUUCUUCCUGGUCAUGUGCUCCUUCUCGCUGCUCUUCCUGGACUGGUACGACAGCUAGCAGGACCAGAUGAAGACUGAGUAGUUGUCACCUCGGACUACAAAGACUGGUAACACACACCUCCUCCUCAUCAUCUGUAGAGGGCAACUGCACAUUUUUUUUUUUUUUUUGGAAUCUUUCACAAUUAAUAUGAGAGACAAGAAGACAAAAAUGUUUUUUUUUGUUUUUUUUUUGUGCAUUCUAACAUGUAAAGUGAAGCGAUUUCUAUUUAUAUAGCGCUUUUCUCUAGGGACUUAAAGCGAUUUUACAUAGUGACACGUAUUAUCUGGGUUACAUUCAAAGCAGUGUGGGUGACACUGGGAGUAUCUUGCCCAAGGACACAAUGGUGGUGGACGCGGGGAUGGAACCUGGAUCCCAUAAGUUGCUGGCACAAUCGCUCUACCAACCACGCCACCCCAAAAAAAUCGUCUCGUUCUUGGAGGCUAACAAUGCAGCUAAUAGGAGCGAUCAAUUCUCCUUUUAAAUCACUUUAAAAAUACAUUCAAAAAGCAUCAACAAUACUUAAUUUACGUUGUGUAACAAGUAUAACAACAAACUGUACUACAUUGUUAUUGUAAGAUUGAACACUGAGGAACUCUUUCUGGCGUACUAACACAUCGGCGUGCUACGGUAUUCGCCGUAAAAGCGAGCUACAGCAAGAAAUACAGUAAGAUAGCAGCUGCGUCAACACAAAACGCGUUUGAGUUUGUAAUACACAACACAAUGUGAUAAGACGCCAAUCUGUACUGACUGAAAACUAAUCAUAUUAAAGUAUCCGUAAAGUAUUA